AUGAGCGAUUUAACAAAACACAUGUCGACGAAUGAUGAUUUAAAUUAUGAAUCAUUUCAUUCUGUGAAAAUCUCAAUUAAACAUAGAAGAACAGGUGAAUUUACUGCUCGCAGAUCUUUAUUAACAGAUCUAUUUCAAAUUACACAUAUUAACUGUAUACGAAAUGCAUUUGUUGCUAGUUUUUUCUUGUUAAUAUCACGUCAAGCAAUAAAUGAUCUUCUUCAUUAUGGAAGGUUUGAUUGGACAUUUGAUCUUCUAAAUCAGGCUGUUGGUAAAUUACACAUUGUCGCAUUUAUUUGGUGUCUGAUGACUUUAUCUACAAUGUUUAUUGUUUUUUAUAGUACAUAUAUGUGGGCAAGUAAUCGGAAGUUUACUGGACUUUAUCUGAAACUCUAUGAUUUUAUUUGGUCACUGAUUUAUAUUUUUUAUAUUACCGGUUUAUUGGUGAUACCAAGUUGGCAAAUUAUUAAACAUCAGCUACCCAUUGCUUCUUCAGCAAUUAUACUCGGCGAACAAUUACGACAAAUGAUGAAAACACAUUCAUUUAUGCGUGAGAAUGUUGAAAAGAUUCUUCAGCAAUCAAAUAAUUCAAAGGAUAAAAAAUUAUCGUUUAAAUUUAGUCAUUUUACUCAGUAUUUCUAUUUUCUAUUUGCGCCUACGUUACUUUAUCGUGAUCAUUAUCCUCGUACAUCAAAAAUUCAAUGGAAUAUUGUUAUGCAAAUGUUUGGUCAAUUUAUGAUUGCCCUAUGCUUAGUCUACCAUAUUGUAGCAUACUUUUGGGUUCCCAUUUUUCAGCGCUUUUUUACAGACGAUGAAAUAACACUUGAAUUUACAAUAUCAACUAUUUUUGAUUUGAUGCUGCCAGGAGUACUUAUUGUUAUAUUAGCUUUUUAUGGGUUUUUUCAUUGUUGGUUAAAUGGAUUUGCAGAAUUACUUCGAUUUGAUGAUCGCAUGUUUUAUGAGGAUUGGUGGAAUUUAACAUCAGCUGCAACAUUUUGGCGAUCAUGGAAUGUUGUUGUACAUGAUUGGUUAUACGUUUAUGUAUAUAAAGAUAUGAGCAAAUUAUUGAAUGGAAAUCGAAAUUUAUCAGCGACUUGUGUAGUAAUUGUUUCAGCUAUAUUUCAUGAAUAUUUUAUGAUUAUUACACUUGGAUUCUUCUCACCGGUAUUGAUAGGAUGGUUUGGUAUAUUUGGAAUGUUAUUUCGUUUUUCUUUUCCACGAGCAAAAGGAACACGAUGGAAUAUUGUUUUAUUAGCAUUUGUACCGAUAUGUGUCGCAGUGAUACCCUACUUUUAUGUUCUGGAAGUUUCAGCUCGAUAUUUUCCAUUGAAACGUAAAACAUUUUGGAAUAUAGUGUUCAAUAGUGAAAAACAAACGAACAGUGAACUGUGA